GGAAAGAGAGAUGUAGGCGCUUGCGGACGGAGCACGAUGUUGAGGCGACUCUCGCUUGCCGAGUCUCGGCUCUGAGGAUUACAGACACUCUUGCAUCUGUUCCCUGUCACUCCACCAUUCCAUCACCCACUGGAGGAUGCCCAGUUCUGGUUACUCUUCUCCUUCUGACAGGACUACUGCACUUUAUUCGCUGUUUGGUGCCCGAGACCGACUCAUAGAAGAGAUCAUAGGCUGCUCACAUUGCUGAGACUCAUGGAGCCCGAUUCCCGACUUUGGUAGACGUUUCCACUUCUUCGUCCCCCUCUUUCACUGGCUUGGCAUUCUUUUUUUUUUGCCAGCCAAAGACAUAAGGAGGCACUGGCAGUUCUCCAACUCCAUGUAUUUCUGACUCAUUUGAGGCUGCGAUAGUCGGCAUCUGACAAAGAGAUGACCCAAGAACAGUUCACUCAUAGGAACAAUGUCCAGAGCACCGAGAAACCUCACGUGUACAAAGUGGGCAUCUAUGGCUGGCGGAAACGUUGCCUUUACUUCUUCGUCCUCCUCCUCAUGAUCCUUAUCCUGGUCAACCUCGCUCUCACCAUCUGGAUCCUCAAGGUCAUGAACUUCACCAUAGAUGGCAUGGGUCACUUGAGAAUCACGGAGAGAGGUCUGAAACUAGAGGGUGACUCUGAGUUCCUCCAGCCUCUGUAUGCCAAAGAAAUCCAGUCCAGAUCGGGUAGUCCACUUUUCCUGCAAUCAUCAAAAAACAUCUCUGUCAACAUCCUCAAUGGGAAAAACAAACUGGUCUCACAGCUCGUUGCAGGUUCUCACGGAGUUUACGCACAAGGCAGGAUGCUUGAAGUGAAGUCAAGCACAGGAAAGCUGCUUUUCUCGGCCGAUGACCAUGAGGUGGUGGUGGGAGCUGAGAGAUUACGAGUCCUGGGGGCGGAGGGUGCAGUCUUCAGUAACUCGGUGGAGACGCCACACGUCAGAGCGGAGCCCUUCAAAGAGCUGCGUUUGGAAUCUCCAACACGUUCCCUGUACAUGGAGGCUCCUAAAGGUGUGCAGAUUCAAGCCGAAGCCGGUGACAUCCAGGCAACCUGCAGAAGCGACCUGCGCCUGGAGUCAAAAGACGGAGAGAUCACUCUGGAUGCUAAGAAGAUCAAACUCCUCCGUCUGCCCGAGGGAAAAGCUUCUCCCUCAGCCACCAGACAGACUGUGUUCGAGGUGUGCGUCUGUCCCAACGGGAAGCUCUUCUUAUCACAAGCAGGAACAGCGUCCACCUGCCAGAUCAGCAACAACGUCUGCCUCUAGACACUCUUUAAACACAUACGCCCACAAAGCUACACACACCCGCAAACACACCCACACACACACACGUUGUCCAUUUUACUCCCACAAACUGCAACUCUGUUGCUCUGAAGACUACAACGACGAUAAGAACUUCAUUCUGUAAAGAGUUAUUUCAGCACCGAAAAGACAAACAGCAGAAACAUCACCGACGUGCGCCAGCAUUCGCUUCACGUGCAUCUUUUUCAUUCGUGGAGUAAGGUGAAGUGGAUUACAUGACGCAGAGAAAGAAGCGCGUCAUGUUUUUUUUUCAGUUUCAGGUCACUUCUUUUAUUUUUGCUACUUGUCUUUCUCUAAUUGCAAUAUAGUCCAGUUGGCGAACAUCAGAAAACGUUUAGCAAUUUUGAAAUGUGAAACAGGACACUCUUAACCGGUGGCAGUGAUCAUUCCCACAAUCCCUUCCCAAACCCAAAAAAAAAAAAAAAAAAAAAAAAAAAAAAAAAAAUCAAAACUGUGCUUGCACCGGGACUGACCUGAUGCACGCUCUCUGUUCAAAGAGGAGAACAGUGCCUGUGCCUUAGCUCAAUGCACUCGUGGAAAGAAGAAGCACAUCUCACUGACCUUUACUUUCAAAAACCUGGAUUUUGAGUUUAUUUUAUUUUUGUUCCCCUGAAAAAAAAAAUUUUUUUCAGUAGAAGAAAAAAGAAUGCAAAGGAUCCAAAUAACAAUGAUGCCAACUACGUCUAAUUAUUGAGGCAUUGUUUCUUUACAAGAUUAUAUUUCUUUAAAGAAAAGAAAAUGCUAAUUUUUAUUUAUUUUAACUGGCAAAUUUCCUGUUCUGUAAAUUCUUCUGAUCAGCAUAGCAUUAAGAAAAAGAUUUUUUUUUUAAAUUAAUUAAAUAAUUAUAUAUUUAAAUAGAGACAAUUUGGCCUUUGCAUUCUUCAUUAGACGUGUGUGUGUGUGUGUGUGUGUGUGUGUGCGUGUGGGGAAAAAAAGAAGGUUCUACCACUAGGUUUUAUGUAUUUUAUUCUAUUCUUGAUCUUUUAUGAUAAACACCAAUAAACAAACCAGGAAGGUGAACCAAAAAAAAAAAAAAAAAAAAAAAAAAAAAAAAGGAGGGGCCUGAAUGACUUUCGGUUUCCUGCAGCUCAAUUUUGCUGGUUGUUGCAGCUCUAAUGCAUACGAUGUGCAGCUUUCUGUUCUGAGGAUCCACUAAAAUGCUCACAAUGUUCAUAUCUGUGUCAUGUGGUCAUGUGUUUAAGCUCCUGUGAGGAAAUACUACUCAUUUCUGCCUUUCUUUAAUUCUUAAUUUAUUAUUUUUUUUUUUGCAAUAUUUACUUUCAGGCCUUGAUUUACUAAGAUCCAAAAUAACAAGAGCAAAUUAGGGGGCGGAAUCGAUACGUAAAUGUUGCCGCGUUCGACUAAAACCUGUAACUCAGAAUUCCCGACCUCCGACUAGGAAAAACCAAAGAAAACGCUCCCUCAACUCUGAAUUCCUAGUCCGAAACUCUGCAAAGUCUUCUCAACCCCGAGUUCAGCAAGUGACAUCAAAUCAAAAUGGCCGCCCACAGCAUCAGCAGUAAACACAGCAGCACUUUAAAUGAGUUAUAUACUGUAUAUACAUGCAUUAGCUUUAGAUCCCUCAUCAUUCAGACAUGUUCACUUGAUAAAUCUAUAACACUGACCCUACACUUCAGCGUUAUCUGGCUAGCUUGUUGCUAACAAAAGACGCAUCCAUGUUUUGUUUUGUUUUUUUUUACACUCUGAAUGCACAAAGGUCAAAAGUGAUGAAGUCAGAAGUCGAACGCAGCAUGUGUGCACAGAUCUCAUAGAAAAAAAGGAAAAAGUUCUCAAAACUCAAGUAUAAUGUUGACUACUAGCAGUUAGAUGGAUUGAAAAAUAUAUAUAUAUAUAUUGUUAAAAGUAUACAGAUACACAUUAUCGUAAGGUACAUGGGAAUGACGGAUUGUUUUACUAAAGCAUCAUUUAGAUAAACUUUAUUACGAUUUAGUAAAUGGUAGGAUUUUUUUCUCCAAAAAGCAGAAACGGGCCUCUACAAAUUUAAUACAUGCUCUUCAUAUGACGUUUUCACUUGUUCAUGUAAUCGACGUUCCAAAAGCGAUUUUCAUGUUCAAUAAAUCACUUUGCAGGUGCAAAAUUUAUAGUAUAUAGUGGAUUUAUAGUAACACCACCCGGUUUUUACACCUCAGCUGUUAGUAAAUCAGCUUACAAGCUUUCUUAUGUGUGAUCAAGUGUGCACGUUUUUAGUAAAUCAGGGCCUCUCUUUGAAUUCCUGUUUGGUUUAAUUCUUCAUUUCUUUUUUGAAACUAUUUGUCAUAAUUAAGGAAAGUUUCUGUGCUCACAGUAAAAUACUAGUCACUAGUGCUGGUAAAGUGUGUUGCUCACCUGCAAACCUGAAUCGAAAACAACUCUGAGAAUUACAGAAUGUUUUAAUGAUGUUGAAAUUUUCGUAUUAAUUUUAUCGGUUAUGUCGCAAAAUCACCUAAAUCCCUUUUAGGCACGUGGCAAAAGGAAUAAGACAGUUAGUAGUUAGUAGGAGUGUAAACCUCAAACUUUCACACGAAUCUAUACGAUAUCGAUUCUCAAGGCAACGGUCUGAUAUUUGUGUGUGAACCAUGUGAUUCGAUUUAGUAUCCUCAGAUUGAUAUGUGAAUAAGUUUGUUCAGAAAUCUGGGGAAGUCCUGCUGUUUAUCUGCAGUUGAUGAUGAUGAUGAUGAUGAUGUAGAGAAGGAUUAUUAUUUAUAAAGUACAUAUUUAAAAAAUGCUUGCUAGCCUGUUAUAUAACUUACACAUCAGUUUAAAAAUCAGAAUUAUUUUUUAACACACCGUUCUUUUACGAUAAUAAUUGAUUUCUGAUCGUUGCUUUGAUUCAUUUCUGUGGUUGCCUUUUAAGUCAACGCACAGCCCCCUAAGAGCUAAUUUGCAUUUCAGAAUCAGAGAUUUUGCAUUUAGGAAUCAUAACAAGUCACAACAAAUUUUCACCCGUGAAAGAGCAAAACACUCUUUACUAAAUGAACAUAAUGUGCCCGAUGUAAUUAUUAUCCUUUGCUCAUAUGGCGAGUAAACAUUACAGAAAUGAAGAGUGGCAGUUUUGAUUAUGGAAUUACAGCGUCGAAGCCCCGAGCGAUCGCCAUCAUCCUAUUAACAUGCUCCAUGUGCUGAGUGGUUUAGAAGGCAACACGUAGAUACAGGAGUCUUUAGGGAGCAAACAUGUUACAGGAGAGCUUAAAACUAUUCAUUUACUUUUCAUUUUCAGGAGUAAUUAAAAACGUGAUACAGUGGUGUGUGUGUGUGUGGGUGUGCGUUUGUGUUCGAUUGCUGCAUUGCUACUACUUAAAGUAAUUAAAAAACCCCACUGCAUGAGAUAAAAUCUAAAUUGUAGCAAACUGGAAGCAGGCGGGUCCCAUUUUUCAUAAUAAUUUUAAUCAUGUGUGGAAGAUUGUCUUUUUUUUUUCUUUGCUAACACGGUUGCUUAUGUUGUUAAUGAGAAGUCGUACGAUAAGCAGGACUUUAAUUUUACUUCAUUACUUUUUAAUUAAGACAAAGUAACUGUUUGAGUAGAAAGAUUUGGAGUGGUCAUGAAAGCAUUAAGCAUGAUUAAAUUCUUUCAUUACUUAUUCAUUGUGGUUUUUUUUCUUUUUUUAGUUUGCUUUUCUUUACAGCUUUUAAAAUCCCCCCAAAUAUGUUAUUCAUGUGCCUAAUUCACUACAUACAUAAUUUAAUAUUACUGUUAUACUAAAGUGUCAUAUACUGGUUGAUUUUUUUCCUUUUUGAAGUGUUAUAAUUGUUAUUUGGUUGGAUUCGCUGAUGUUCGUAAUGUCCCCUCUGCAAAAAAAAAAAAAUUAAACUGGUUUGGCCCAUUUUUGUGAGAACUCAAAUCUCAUCUCAAAUUGUUAAGCGAUUGAUUGAUUUUUUUUUUCCUACAUUGUUGGUUUGGUUUUAUUUUAAUGGUCAUGUUAAUGAAAAAAAAGGAUCCUGGCACAUUCUAUGCAAAAUGUAGAGAGCAUUUAUUAAUGCGAAGAAUUCUGUCCGCUGUCUGUACUAAAUUUAUUAUACUUUAUGUGUACAGUUUGUAUUUAUGAAUUGAGUUGCAAUCAAAACUGUAUCAAUAAACCUAUUUCAAAAAAGUGAGGUGAAAAUGGAGGAAAGGUACAUCAACGAGUGAUCGCAAAAAAAUUAAUAAAACUAAAUUUAAAAAAAACUCUGAAAUUUACAGUGAGUCAAAAAGUCAAUGAAAAUGAAGCAAAUUUUAUCAAAUUUGGUUAAAUAAAAUAUAAGUAACAGGUAAAUGAAAAUGCAGCAAGGGUAAGUGAAAUGAAGGGUAAGUGAAAUGAAGGGUAAGUGAAAUUAAACUCUAAGAAAAAAAAAAAAA